CCAUACGAACGCUGCUCCAUGGUGCCAGCAGACGGACAUCAUUACACGGCCGAGGAAAACAACAAACAGCCUCCAUCAAUAGGGUUGAGAUCAUCACCCGUGUAGGUCGGUGUUAAUGAGUGCCGCCAUGGCAAACAGGGGCCCAAGCUAUGGGCUCAGCCGUGAGGUCCAAGAGAAGAUUGAACAGAAAUAUGAUCCGGAGUUGGAGGCUCGGCUUGCGGAAUGGAUUCUGGUCCAGUGCGGCGACGACUUGGAGCGACCUGAACCUGGCAAACAGAACUUCCAGAAAUGGCUCAUGAGCGGAACUAUUCUCUGCCGGCUCAUCAACAGUCUGUACCCCAGAGGUGAGGAGCCAAUUAAGAAAAUUACAGAAACUAAAAUGGUCUUCAAGCAAAUGGAAAAGAUUUCUCAGUUCCUGCAGGCUGCUGAAGAAUAUGGGGUCUCCAGAGGAGACAUAUUCCAAACUGUUGAUCUUUGGGAAGGAAAGGACAUGGCUGCAGUCCAGGGGACACUGAUGGCUCUGGGAAGUGUAGCUCUCACAAAGGAUGAUGGACAUUACCGUGGAGACAAAGACUGGUUUCAUAGGAAAGCCAAGGUCCACAAGAGGGAGUUUUCUGAGGACCAGCUGCGUCAAGGUCGCAGUCUUAUCGGCUUGCAGAUGGGAAGCAAUCGUGGAGCGUCUCAAUCUGGCAUGGUAGGGUACGGCACCCCACGGCAAAUCAUGCGCUAUGACUCUCCAAGACACAACGGCCAUCAGAGCAAUCCCUAAACACUACAUAGUUCUGUAUUUAAAACCUCCACUGGAGCCCAAAGCCAAAUCCAGAGCUCCAGAUGUAGGAUGAAUGUGUACGUGUGUGUAUAUAUAGACUCUCACACCAGUCCAAGAAUUACACACAUCAGAGAGUUGUCCCUUCACCCACAAUGCACCAGUGCCGGCUGUUAUUGCCUCUCAGGCAAGCUCCAGAGCAAGGCCAAAAUGUGCAAAAUAAAGAGUUUAAAUUUAAUAUAGUAUCAAACGGCUCAAUUCAAUCUCUCUAAACGUGUAGCCCUUUAAGAAUGGUAAGCUGACAAUCUGGUUAACGUCCAUUUACAAUUACGCAUUUACCCAAAGCGACUUAAAAUCAAACCCAAGCACCAUACUCUACCAGGUGGGUUGAUCGAGUGCAUGCUGUGCAAUAGGAACAUACAAAAGAAGAGUCUAUUUCUAAUUAAAGCCAUAUGUAACCAAUCAGUGUGUCAAGAUAUAAUUGUAUUUGGUUAAGGUGAUACUGUGCUGAUUUGCUACCAAAUGUACACUAUUAUUAUUGAUGUAUACUGUCUAACUAUAAAUGUUCCUGUUCCUGCUAGCAGAAUGCGCCAAACUAAUCGACUCAGGUCAUCCUAUAAUGUCUUCACUAAAUGUCAUGGAUGUGUCACUGCAAAGAACUGAUGCUAUACAUUCCAGUGAGAAAAGAAAAAAAAAAAAAACUGUACUUAAAGAGUCUGUAUCGAGUAAAAAAUUGUGGUAUGAAAAGUCAGUUUAAAUGCAGCUAUUUUCAACUUUUGUUAAUUUUAUGCAUUGACUAACAUGCAUGUAAAGUAAAUGUGCUUCUGAUGCUAAGAUUGUACUGCAGAUUAUUAUAUUUAUUUAUUGAAGUGUCAUGUUUGUACCUAUACACAGUACCUUUGACAAUCAAAAUACUUUCCAAUUGUCAUGACUGAAAUGUUUGGCUGUUUAGUUUUAAUUUUUGUGGUUUGAUUUUAAAUCCAUUUAUUUGUUAGAAAAAUUAGUCUUCAAUUUAACUUACCAUCUUUAACAUCCUUUAAACAUUUCCUGAUUUAGUUUUAGUUUUUUGUUAUUUAGUAAA